GUCAAUGUCAUGUUCAUACAUAAAUCAUUCAUAUCGUUCCUAUCGCUCAUUCAUUGGGUCUCGGCCUAUUAUCUAUCUUGUAAAUAUUAUGAAUUUUAAAUGAAAACAAGAAUUUUCUAAACUCAUAAUCAUUAUUUGGAGUUCUGAUUAUUGGUAAAUAGUUAUUUAUUAUAGUUUCAAUAUGCCACUCAACGCUAUAGCGAUGAAUAAAAAAGUAUCUUGUAAAAGGGUAAGACCUAAUGCUCGUUUUGAAGACUGGUUAUUACAUUUGUGUGCUGAAGCGAAAGCAAAGAAAAGCCACUUUGAACCAAUGCUCAAAGAGGCAGCAGAAUCUCUGGCAAAAUAUCCGUUACCACUGAAGACUGCAUCUGAGUGUAUAAUACUCAAAGGAUUUAACAAAAAAUUAUGCUUAUAUCUUGACAAAUGUUUAACUUCUUUUAAUGAGAAUGCCUUGUCUGAUUAUUGUGAGAACAGAGGUCGUGGAGAACCAAGCCACUCUACCAGGUCUACAACAAUAUCUCCAAUCCCAUCUAGUCAGCAUGUUACCAGAAGUAUCAGCAAUAGUCCUCUCUCAGAAAGUUUCCCAAGUCUUGGCUUUUCUGAACCACUAGAGAUAAAUCCAUCAUCACGGACGUCAAAUCCAGACAGUGAGAAAUCAGAGAAUGUUCAAGAAAAUGUAUCAAGUGAUUCUGGUCCUUUAUCCAGUGGUAAUAAAAAGAAGAAAGGUAAACCCGGUACAUACAAACCUGCUCAUAGGUCAGGAGGUUAUGCUAUUUUAGUCACAUUACUUGAACAGAGUAAACUAAACCCAAAUUGUUCAAUGACUAAAGAACAUUUGAUUGAGAAAGCUCAAAUUCACUGUGAGGAGUCAUUUGUAAGACCUAAGGCUGGGUCAAUGUAUACAGCCUGGUCUAACAUGAGCAGACUUUUAACAAAAGGUUUGGUUACUAAAACUAGGAAAAAGAAUGCUGAAUACUCAUUGACUUCCGAAGGUGAAAAAUUAGCUACUGAGUUAUUAGAAGCCAGUACAAAUAUUCCCACUGUCAAUGAUAUGAUUUUUAAUGAUAUACCUUCAACAAGUAGUAGUACCAGUCAUACAAGUAACUCAAUCUCCAAUACUGCUCCUAAACAAGGUUCGUCCACAUCACAACAACAGAGUUUUAUAGAAAUGAAACCUGGUGACUUUGAUAUAAUAUUACUUAUUGAUAAAAAUGAAACUGGAGGACUUAAGAAAAGAAAUGAUCCAACAAUAAUGGAGUUCAAUAAGUAUCCAGACUUGAAACAUGAUUAUAGAAGUUUGAAAGUUGGAGACUUUACUUGGAUAGCCAAACAUAAGAAACACCCUGAACAAGAACUGGUUUUGCCUUAUGUAGUAGAGAGAAAGAGAAUGGAUGAUCUCGCUGCCAGUAUUAAAGAUGGGAGAUUCCAUGAACAAAAAUUCAGACUCCGUAGAUGCGGACUUAAAAAUGUUAUUUAUUUAGUAGAAAAGUAUGAUAAAAAUAAAGGGUUGGGGUUGCCUUUACCAAGUCUAUUACAAGCCUUGACUAAUACAAGAGUCCAGGACGGUUUUAAAGUUCGAUCUACUAAUUCUCUUAAUCAAUCAGUCCGUUUUCUGGCUAUGAUGACCAAAAGAUUGACAAUACGAUAUGGGAAAAUGACACUACGAAAUGGCGGCGAAGAAUACGAUGAUUCUGAUGAUAUGAAAUUUAUAGUUCCUCAAGCUGUAAAACUGAUGACAUUUGAAUACUUUAACAAAUCAUCAGCUAAGACCAAACCACUUACAGUCAAGGACACUUUCAUCAAAUUACUUCUGCAAUUAAAAGGAGUUUCGGUAGAAAAAGCUUUGGCGAUAACAAAUAGAUAUCCUACACCACAUUCGUUAAUUGUUGCUUACUAUAAAUGUGAUCAACAGGAAGGAGAGAUACUUCUGGCCAGUUUAAAAUAUGGCGAUCAAACCCGCAAUAUCGGACCUGCUUUAAGUAAAUCCGUUUAUCAUUUAUUUUCAAGUUUAAAUCCAAAAUAGAUAGUGUUUUGUUUGUGUACAUGGACUGAUGCGAAUUGAAAUCUGGGGCUUGAUAUUGAAGUGCCUUUAACUUGAACUAGGUCGCGGAGAACCUAACGGGUAACCGGGGCUCCGGCUCGACGCAGGAGAAGGAACGGGGUGGUUUUUAGUCAGUAAGAGUCUGAUACUCCCUCCCGCCUCACCCAGGCGGGAGCAGUCAUUCGAUGACGUUCCCCCCUUAAAAAAAAUUAACUAGACUAUUGAAAUACCUACUGAAAAAGGUGAAAUGAAGUAAUCGGAAAACGUUUGUCAGUUUAUAUUUUUUCUACGUGUUUUGUAUUUAUGCUAUGCAGCGCUGGAAGUCUCAACAAAGGUUUAUAUAAAUCAAUUUGCUAAAUAAUGUACAGACAGGUGUUCGGUAAAAUGUUGCUAUGAAAAUUCGUUCAGGGGAAUGUUCGAUCGACGUGCAUAUUCGAUUUUAUAUAGAGUUGUACAGAAUUACCUACACAUAUUAUUUUAUUGUAUUUUGAAAAAUUAAGAUCUUUAUAUAAAUAAGUACCUACAUAAAUCGUAAAAUGCGAUUGUGUGAACUUUCUUUUGUUUUUUCUUUUUUAUGAAACGUCGGCCCACACUACGAUUUUCUCCUGUGCACAUACAAGUUCAAAUACACAUGACACCCAGACCUGAAACAACAAGCCUGUGGAUCACACAGAGUUGUUUCGUGCGGGAAUCGAACCCAUGAUACGUUGCGCGGCAUCCAGUUUCCCAGCCACCGCGUCAACCGUGCAAUCAUGUACUGAAUCUUUUUGUUAUUGUAAAAGUACCUACUUUUAGUUUUUAAGUAGUCUUUAUAAUUA